UUGACCGAAAUUCUCACUUCUGAUUUCUGUCUGUAGAUACCAAGACCCACGGGCCGUGAACUUUGUGAGUGAAAACUGAAAAGAGCAAACUCAGGGAAGAAGAAUCCAAUCAAGAAAGAGAAGCAGCAAAGCGAAGAGGGGACUGAGAAAGCUCUCUGCCUCUGCCUCUGCUGUGGUCAAAAAAGUGAUUCACCCAAGUAUGUAUCCCCAGCAGCAACUCGGCCUCUGAGCCUUGACGUGUUCAAAAACCAAAACCCCCAGCUCCUUGCCUCCUCAACCCUCAGAUCAGCCGAGCUUCUUCUUCUUUUCUCGCAGAUCCGCCACCUCCCGCCCUUCUCUUCUAUUACCAUCUUCUAUAAGGCACUUGAAGACCAUAAUCCAAGGCUAAGCAGGGGUACUGCAGUUUUCUGAUGCCUGGCAUAGCUUGACCAAUACAGCAUUUCUAUGCUUAUUACUGCAAUAGAAAAUAUGGGCUUACUCUGUAGUAGACACCAAGAAUACAAUCAAGCUGAUUCUGAAGAAAAUGCACAGACUGCAGAAAUAGAAAGAAGAAUAGAGCAAGAAACUAAAGCUGAGAAGCAUAUCCAGAAACUACUUUUGCUUGGUGCUGGAGAAUCAGGGAAGUCCACUAUCUUUAAGCAGAUAAAACUCUUGUUCCAAACUGGGUUCGAUGAAGCUGAGCUGAAGAGCUACAUACCAGUCGUCUAUGCCAAUGUCUAUCAGACAAUAAAAACAUUGUAUGAUGGAUCAAAGGAGUUGGCGCAAAAUGAAGCAGAUUCCUUAAAGUACGUUAUAUCUGCUGAAACAAAGGAUGUCGCAGAGAAACUUUCAUCAAUUGGAGGCAGGUUGGAUUACCCUCAUCUUAGCAAAGAAUUGGCACAGGAGAUUGAAACUCUCUGGAAGGAUGCCGCAAUACAGGAGACAUACUCACGCGGUAAUGAAUUCCAAGUUCCAGAUUGUGCCCAUUAUUUUAUGGAAAAUUUGAGUCGAUUAUCUGAUACAAACUAUGUUCCGACAAAGGAGGAUGUUCUUUUUGCAAGAGUUCGUACUACUGGUGUUGUAGAAAUCCAGUUCAGCCCUGUGGGAGAGAACAAGAAAAGUGGUGAAGUGUAUCGGCUUUUUGACGUUGGAGGCCAAAGAAAUGAGAGAAGAAAGUGGAUUCAUUUGUUCGAGGGUGUUUCGGCUGUGAUAUUCUGUGCUGCUAUUAGCGAGUAUGAUCAAACUCUUUUCGAGGAUGAAAACAAAAAUAGAAUGAUGGAGACCAGAGAACUCUUUGAGUGGGUCCUAAAGCAACGUUGUUUUGAGAAGACAUCAUUCAUGCUGUUUCUCAACAAAUUCGAUAUAUUUGAAAAGAAGGUUCUGAAUGUUCCUCUAAAUGCAUGCGAGUGGUUUAAAGAUUACCAACCAGUUUCAACGGGAAAACAAGAAAUUGAGCAUGCAUACGAGUUUGUUAAAAAGAAAUUUGAGGAGUUGUACUUCCAGUGCACUGCCCCUGAUCGCGUGGAUCGAGUCUUUAAGAUCUAUAGAACCACUGCACUUGAUCAGAAACUUGUGAAAAAGACAUUCAAACUGGUGGAUGAAACUUUGAGGAGGAGAAACCUUUUUGAAGCAGGUCUGUUGUGACCUAGAAGGUUUCUCAAGAGAGUGUCAAAUUCUCAAAUAUUCUGGAGAGAGAUUUAUCAGGUUUUUUUAACCCCAUCUAUGAUAGGCUAUUGGCACAUCUUAAUCCACAGGUUAAAAUUUUUGCAUUUCAUUCUUUUAGCAAUUUACUUACUAGGUAAAGUUGAUUUUUCCUUA